AUGUCAAGGGUGAAAUGUGAGGCUGUGCGAGAUUAUGUGCGGGAAAGCAUCACAGCCCUGGAAGCAACAGAGCAGCAACUUCAACUAUGGGUUGACAAUGGCAGGCCUUCGGGAGUUGUGCCAUCAUGGGGACAAUGCGGUCCUCCAGUGGAACAAGCUGAGGAGGCAAUUGGUUCUUCGUGGGAUUUGGAUUCUCGUUACAGCUCUUGGCGCAGCGAUUGCUACUUAGGGUGGCUGAGUGUUCAUCUUUGCGACGUAAUUUGCUCUUUACAUGGUGCAGUUGUGGAAGAUGCAAAUAGCAGCCACGUAUGGCCUCAGAAAUGGAAAAAAACGCAGCUGGAAUUGGAGGGUCUUUUCUUUUAUGUCGAUCUGCCUUGGCACGUGAUGCUGGCGCAGCGUUGGCCCAUCGCCCAGCUGUUGGCUUUGUUGGGUCGCGCGCUGCGGAUGUUGGUUGGACAUGCUGCGGUGAAUGCUUGUGAUGAGGCCAAUCACAUCCUGGACGAAGCGCUAUUGACCGCAGCUUCAGUGUGGUGGAAGUCGAACCAUCCGACGCAAGGAGACACCCCGCUGCCACUCGGAUCACUGGAGUUCCUGUCUGUGCAAGCUGCUGGACCCUUGUGGGAGGCGGAGCGCUGUACAUUUGCCGUGUUGGUGGCGCUUCUUUCAGUCGCUCUUUGGGCACUCAAGGCGGGGAAGGUUGAAGGUUUCCCUGAUGGACCAGUGGGUGGACGGAGCGUGGAGGUGCUGGUGUCCGGCAAUGCGCAGCAGAUGGCCAGACUUUGGGAGGAAAGAUCUUCGCAGUUCUUCUACGAUUUGCUGACCAGUCGCUGGCGCGUGGUGGAUCUCCUGGAGCAGCUGGCCUUUUUUUGGCACGGCUCGGUGCCGGCCAGGGCCCCUGCAACGCCUGCAACGCCUCCACGCUCUCCGCGUCUCACGAAGCAUUCGGUGCUCUUCCUGGGGGGUGGCGACAGCACUUUCCAGUGGGGCUCCUUUACGGUGCGCGGGAGGCAGCUGGCCAGGGGCUUUCGCCGAGAGGGUUUGGAGGCCCGUGCGUGGAAUUCACCCUGCGAGGCCUGGUGUGCCACUGAACGUGGUCACUGGAGCCCCAGCAGCUUCGUUCAUGUGAAGUAUGUUUGUCUUUGUGCCGCUCUGGGUUGGCCUCAUGCAGUCCAUGUCUAUGAUCCAGUGGACGUCUUCGGGAUGCCAGAGAACAUCAGCCUCCUGGAUGCUGUCCUGGUGCAGACCUCCUUGGCCAAGGGCGACUUGGUGGAACAUCCCCCGCUGAGAGCACUGAAAAGCAAGGUUUGGCUCACUGGGUUAGACCUGAUCUUCAAAGCUACCUGUCCCCAUACAAAUUGUGCUAUCAUGGCCUCAACGUUGGAGCAAGCCGAACGCGGUAUUGCCUAUCCACCAGCCGCAGACCUCCCAGUCGUUAAGGGAAUUCCAGUGAGAGCCGGGCCGGGCGUCAUUGGAGCACGGGUCAGCCACCUGCAACCGCCUCCUGUGGCUGUGCCGGCGACUCUGUUGGACAUGGAUGAGCAGACCGUGUUGAACUACCAGAUGGCAGUGUGGUGCUUUGCCUUCCUGGACAUGGUCUCCACGGUGCUAAACAUCGUCGCAGUGUACGCCUCUGGGCUUCAAUGGAACCCUUGGCAGCUUCUGUUUUUGCUGCUGCUGGUGGGCCCCAUCUGCGGCCUCAUUGGCUCAGGGCAUUUGAACAGAUCUUUGGUGGCUGUCUUUGUGAUCUCUUGCUUGGUGAAGGCGGUGAUUCAGGUGAGCUACGCGCUUUACACCUUCUAUCUCUGGACCAUCCUCUUUGCCUUUCUUCAAUGUUGGAUCACCAAGAUUGCAGCCACCUUCUGGUGGGUCUUGGGAAACCUCACCAAGGAGAGGCGACGUCAAGUGCUGGAAGUGAAGAAUUAUGAUGUUCAAAGAGUUUAUUGGUGAUCGAUAGUGACCGUUUGAGCCUGCACCAAUGGAAUUCGGGGACGGUGGUGUGAGAGUCAUCUUGUACAGGGUGCCAUUCACAGUGUGCCAUUAAAAUUUCAACCUUGCAAUCUAUGUACAGCUGAGGUGAGACUGCGACUGGGUUUGCAUCAGAACCCCCUCCUGGAACUUUGAAACGCUGCCACUUUCAAAGCCACACAGCUGGCACGGCCGCGGCAUGUAAAGCUUCGCGUAUCAAAUUGCCGAAGAUGUCACGACUGACAUCCGCACAGUAGGAACUGUUCCGCUGGAGGAUACAAACCAACCACCUGUGUUGGCAGAGUAUUGAUG